UGGCUGGAAAGCUGGAAUACACAAUCAAGUGACAAAAGUUUCAACAGUAGCAUAUAAAGAUCAUUCAUAUCUUUACGUCAAAUUGGAAGCCUAACUUAACUAAUUAACGUAUUAUAAAUAAUGACUAGUGCAGUUUACCUUGAACACUAUUUGGACAGUUUAGAGUCUUUACCUAUUGAGCUCCAGAGAAAUUUUUCCCUCAUGAGAGAUCUGGACAAUCGUGCACAAUCCCUAAUGAAGGAGAUUGAUUCACAUGCAGAAGACUACUUGAAAGUAGUCUCCCAAACCAGCCCAGAAAAGAGAAAAGAACAGAUGGAGAAAAUUCAGAAGCUUUUUAAUAAAGCAAAGGAAUAUGGUGAUGACAAAGUUCAGCUUGCAAUUCAAACUUAUGAACUGGUUGAUAAACACAUCAGACGUCUGGACUCAGACUUGGCCAGGUUUGAAACAGAAAUUAAAGAAAAAUCUUCUGCUACCACACUAUCAGCAGAAGAAGAUACUCCACCAGCCGUCAAAAAAGAUAAGAAAAAAUCGGUUGAAAAAGUGGAGAAGAAGAAAAAAGGAAAUAAAACAAAUAUCAGUACUGCCAGUGAAGUUCCAGUGAAAGUUGAAGAAGGCCCAGCACGCAAGAAAUCCAGUAAAAAGAACGUUGCGGCUGCAACCACUCCGGAAAGCUCUGCCAGUUUCGGACUCACUACCAUCGGACAUUCGGCAGAUGUUCUUGACAUGCCGGUCGAUCCGAAUGAGCCUACUUACUGCCUUUGUCAUCAGGUCUCGUACGGAGAGAUGAUUGGUUGCGACAACCCUGACUGCCCAAUUGAAUGGUUUCAUUUUGCUUGUGUCAGCCUCACGACCAAACCAAAAGGCAAAUGGUUUUGUCCAAAAUGUUCUGCAGAUAGAAAAAAAAAGUGAAGAAUCGAUCGAGUUGUUGUCUCUCAUUGUCAUUGCUCAUUGGAAAAAAAAAAUCCACAUGCCAUUAUGGGUUUCUAAAAUAUACUUAUACUGCCGUUAAUAAGGUAAUUGAAA